GGGAGGCCAGGCAGUCAUAUUGAUCUGAACUGUGUCUGACUCACAUCUGCAAUAAAGAAAGAACACAGCAUUGUGCGCCAGACAGUCUCAUCUCUUUAACUGAGCAUAUCCAGACCACUCAGGAAGCUGACAGACACACACAGAGCUUCGUUGUUCAAGCUGUGACUGUGUUGUUCGAUCACGUGGAAGAAAAUGUUGUGCGGCAAUGUCAUCGGGAUUGCUGGAUCCAGCCUCAGUUUCGUUUUACUGUUCACUGGAAUCCUGACGGACUUCUGGCUGGUCAAUUUUGGUGUAGGACUGACCCAUGAAGGCCUCUGGCAGAUCUGUUCCAAAGAUUUCUGCGCCAAAAUCGAAGGAAUAAGGUAUAUUGAAGCCACCCGUGCGCUCCUGAUCAUCUCCAUGUCUUUCCUUAUAUUUGCAAUGCUGUCUUCUUGCCUAUCAUUCAAGAACUUUUCCAUUGGAAAAAUCACCUGUGCCCUGAUAGCUGCUCUCAUGGAAUUUUUAGCAGUCCUUUUCCUUAUCACUGGGAUGUCAGUCUACACGGGGGAGACAGCAUAUCGAGUCAAUAACAACUCCUAUAAUUACCAAUGGUCAUUCUACCUGUGCUGGACUGCGACUCUAACAACUCUGACAGCAGGAAUUUCCCAUGUCUUGGCACAUAAGGUUUCCCCGCAACCUGGAUAUGAAUCGGUCUGAGUUUUAUUCUGUAGUCUUUUAUUAAACUUUCUUACCAAACAGUGGGUUAGUAUUUUUCUAAAUGCAAAACGAAAUAAAAAAAAUAAAAAAUAAG